AAGUUUGUUUGAUAUCACUCCGCUGUAUUUUGUUAUUCUGGGGAAAGUUGAAAGUUUUGAGGUUUUUGUAGUGAAAGCAAUUAACUACCUGGUAUAGUUUUUGCCUGUUUUGAUUAUUAUAUAAUUAAUCAUUUACUGAUAUUUCAGUAUAUUUUGAAAAUAGAGUGUUGUGGGUUUAAAACCAAACCAGACAAAACAAUUUUAACUUAUUUUUUGUUUAAUUGGGAUAUCAACAAAGAAACGAAUACCUCUUAGUUUUGGAUUUAAAGAAAAAAGUAAUUAAAAAGUUAUGGAAGUGAAAAAGAAAGUUUACGGGAUCCCUCGAUGGCGAUUCGACUUUAUAUUGUUAAUUACUGUUGUUUGUUGUUGGUCUUUGAUGUUGUUUACAACACCAACAACAGCAAAAGAAACGAAAUCAACAACCCCAGCGGUAACGACCCCAAAACCAACGUCGGAGCCACCUUCGAAAUAUUGUCCCAUGUUUAACAAGAGCUGUGAGAAAUGUGUACUAUCUGUCAAAUGCAUUUACUGUUAUGUGGACGAAACCUGCAAACCAUAUCCUGUUGGACAUGUCCUUCCCAAGUCUUCACAAUGUCCAUUCUCCAAGACCCGGUGGAGCAACUGUCUGAUCAACUUUGAAGCUCUCCUCAUUUCCAUGGGUGUCAUUGCUGGCCUCUGUCUUUUCUCCUGUAUCCUCUGUAUCUAUUGCUGUUGUUGUCGCAAGAGCAAACGACUCAAGUAUAUGGCUGAUGAAGUAAAGUUUGAAAGACAAAAGGAAGAACGCCGAAUAAAAUCUGAUGAGAGGAAACAAGAAAGGCAACAGAGGAAUGACGAAAUCAGGAAGAAAUACGGAAUCAUUAUUGAAGGUCUGGUGAAGGAGGAAAAUCCUUACAGAAGAUUUGAUGCUUAAAAGAAACAAAACAGCUAAAAUUUAUGGAGACUCUCAGAGAUCUGCAGACUAACCACCAUUCUGAAAAUUACACUAAAAGAGAGGAACUUCAUCAAUGAUGGACUUAGCCAUUAAAGGCUCUACACAUAAUUAACAUGUUUUUCUACAUUUAUAUUCAACUGUUUAAUUCAAUUAUAUUCUUAUUAUUUACUUUAUUAUACACAUAAGAAUGACUCUAAUGUCUGGAUGUCUGUCUGUGCAUGUUCUGAGUGUUUUAAAAGUGUAUUUGUUCGUGUAAAGGGAAGAAGAACCACAUAGUGUCAGUAUGUUUUGAUUU